AUGCCCAAGUGCCCCAAGUGCAACAAGGAGGUGUACUUUGCUGAGCGGGUGACUUCCCUGGGGAAGGACUGGCAUCGGCCUUGCCUCAAGUGUGAGAAAUGUGGGAAGACGCUGACCUCCGGGGGUCAUGCCGAGCAUGAAGGCAAGCCCUAUUGCAACCACCCCUGCUACGCAGCCAUGUUCGGACCCAAAGGCUUUGGGCGUGGCGGAGCCGAAAGCCACACUUUCAAGUAA